UCCUCGACGUGCAUACUUCGAAUUUUCGGUGCGUCGCCUCCUCGAGAAGCUCGAACGAACGCUGAAGACGGGAAACGCCAGUUAUCUCCUUCAUUUAUUGAUUCUUCUCGAAGAAUUGUAGGGUGUUCUCUGCAGCUCUCCUCGUUGUUGUCGACCGCAACUCCCUCUGUCGACUUUACUCCAGCUGCGUACUCUCUUCAGGGUUCCAUUUCUGUAUCUCUUUCCAGGCUUGAUUACUCCUCCUGCUUAUCUCUAGGGCAGUGCGCCAUUUCUGUGGACCCUUGAUCACUCUUAUUAGGCUUGAUGACUCACCAUCUUUAAUUAGGGCGAGUUAUCUUCAAUUCAUAAAUGGAUUAUUUCAGUUUUUAUCAGAUUUCAUUCUCUCUCUGUGACUUGAAUAAUAACUAUAUAAAUGAAACAAUGUCAACCGACAAGUUCGAGGGCUUUUUGUUGCUUAUUUCAUCAUCAAUCAUUCUAUACACUCAUAUCAUACACCACGCAUCAUUGGUCCCUUUUUUGUUUUUUUUUUUUGUUCAAUUGAAAUUGGGUUGAGUUCUCUUCAUUUAGAUAUUUGCAUGAAAUUUGAGUGAUUUAUGGCGAAAUUUAUUAAUUUUCCCUUGGACUUCAGCUGCGCCGCGACCAUGAAGCAUUCUGUAUCGAAAGUGUCUGACUGCCGUCUGGGCUUCAGAAGUUUCAAGUUCUUCUCCGUCUGUGGCAGACCUGAAUCCUACUUUACCAGAAAUAGUGAUGUUCAGGGAUUAACUGGGGUACAUCUGUAUGGGUCUUUUUCAAAGAAGUAUGCAACUUACUGUGCUAAUCUGCCAGAAGAUCCUCCAAAAGACAAUCCUGUUUCUGAAAUGUUGGUUGAUUCAUUCGGGCGGCUACACACUUACCUGAGGAUAUCUUUGACAGAACGCUGCAAUCUACGGUGUCAGUAUUGUAUGCCUGCUGACGGUGUGGAGCUCACCCCUAGCCCUCAGCUGCUCACACAGACUGAGAUUGUUCGUUUGGCUGAUCUCUUUGUUAGAUCUGGUGUGAACAAAAUUCGUUUGACUGGUGGCGAGCCAACUGCUAGGAAAGAUAUUGAAGACAUAUGCUUCCGGUUGUCUAACUUGAAAGGAUUGAAAACACUCGCCAUGACUACCAAUGGAAUUACUCUUGCAAGGAAGCUUCCAAAGCUGAAAGAAUGUGGUCUUCAUUCUGUGAAUAUUAGCUUAGACACAUUAGUCCCAGCAAAAUUUGAAUUCAUGACCAGGCGUAAAGGGCAUGAAAGGGUUGUGGAGUCUAUUAAUGCUGCAGUUGACCUGGCGUACAAUCCCGUUAAAGUGAAUUGUGUUGUGAUGCGUGGGUUCAAUGACGAUGAGAUAUGUGAUUUUGUAGAGUUGACCCAUGAGAAGCCUAUAAAUAUCCGGUUCAUUGAGUUUAUGCCUUUCGAUGGAAAUGUUUGGAAUGCCAAGAAACUUGUACCCUAUUCAGAAAUGUUGGAUACAGUGGUAAAACAGUUUCCAGGUCUAAGCAGACUUCAAGAUCAUCCAACUGAUACAGCCAAAAAUUUCAGAAUUGAUGGGCAUCGUGGGACUGUAUCUUUUAUUACAUCAAUGACUGAGCAUUUUUGUGCUGGUUGCAAUAGAUUGCGACUUUUAGCAGAUGGGAACUUCAAAGUAUGCCUUUUUGGUCCUUCAGAGGUUAGCUUAAGAGAUCCAAUUCGCAAUGGUGCUGAUGACCAUGUGCUCAAAGAAAUUAUUGGGGCAGCGAUCAAGAGGAAGAAAGCUUCUCAUGCUGGAAUGUUUGAAAUUGCAAGGACCGAAAACAGACCAAUGAUACAUAUUGGUGGCUAGUGUCUGUUGAUGUGUCAAAAGACCUAUCUUUUGUUAAUUCUGUUGUAGAAUAUGUUACAUUAUUUCCUUUGCUUGCCUUCAAUUAGCAACCUAUUCUCUCUCUCUCUCUCUCUCUCUCUCUCUCUCUCUCUCUCUCUCUCUCUCUCUCUCUCUCUCUCCUUUGCUCUCUGUGUUGGCAUAUUGUUAUUGUCUGACCUGCCAGAUUCAGAAGAAAAAGGUCUGGGAGUUGGUGCAGCCCAAUCUAAAGACAGAUGGUUCUUGUGUUGCUACACUUGGGGUGCAUUUCAUGCGGACAAUGGCAGGUGUUGUGGUGUGCAAAUCUCUAAAGAAUGCAAGAAUAUCCUAAUCUAGGAGUUUUCUGCAAACAUAGACAGCUUCUUGAUGAUGCCCAUCCAUCUAACUUGCCGUAUCAAACUUAUUGAAGUAGCUUGUGGAACAUUGAUUUGGUGCAUGGUAUACUGUUAUUCAGGGGCAAAGAUUCUCUGGUUGGUUCGGUUCCUGUUAUUGUAAAUUUGGCAUGUGGCUGUGUUACAUUAGGAAAUGGGAUAUCUUUUGUAAUGAGUAGUGAGCUUUGGAGCCCCCUUCUUGUUGCAAGCUUUGUCAUAUGAAAGAACGAGAAGACAGGUCUUCGGAUUGCUUCUAAUGGGCAGGAGAGUUCUAGAGACCCAAAAAGAUUGGGGGCUCUUAUAGCCUAUUAGGCUAUAAAUGUAUUUUUAUUUUUUGUUUUAAUUUUUUAUAAUUAUAAAAAAAUAUUAGAGACUGUUUGUUCUUA